AUGGCGUCCGUCACCUCGCUAGAUAAGGACCUGAAGAAUCUACGUCUCUCACGAUACACGCCUCAGGCUGCAAAUGAAGUGCGCGGCUGGAUCGAAGAGGUUUUGCGGGAAAGCCUGCCUUCCGGCGACCUCUUGGAAGCCUUGAAAGAUGGAGUCGUUCUCUGCCGACUUCUUAAUCUCGCUGUUGGGUCUCCCGGAGUCAAGUAUAAGGCCUCAAAAAUGCCCUUUGUUCAGAUGGAGAACAUAUCCCACUUCCUCCAUGCUUGCCAGAUGGCCCCGCUAAAUCUGCAACCCCAUGAUGUUUUCCUUACUGUUGACCUCUACGAAUCAAAGGAUCCCGCUCAAGUUCUACAGUGCCUUGUUGCCUUCAGUCGCCGUGCAAAUGCUCUCGAACCAGCGAAGUUCCCGCGGGCAAUUGGAAAAGUCAAGAGUGGGUUUGUCAGCCCCCAGCUUAGCGGCUCCAGCCAAGGAGGCUUCAAAGGCAUGACCUCCUACAAUAGGAUGAGUGGAAUUAGUAGUAUUAGUGAGUCAGGAUCGAGAACAUUUAAUCCUAUUUCGGGACGGUCCAGCCCUGAAAAACCGAGCCCUGCAUCACCAGCAUCUCCCAGGUCACCGAGACUGGCUGUGAGCACUUGGAGCAACAAAGCAGACGAAUCAACCACUGCCCCAGCCUGGAAUAUUCACCAGUAUGGAUAUAUGGGAGGUGCCAGUCAAGGAAAUCUUGGGAUCAGCUUUGGUGCAAGGCGACAAAUUACUUCCCAGGCACCAACUGUACCCAGUUUAGCACAAAAAGAAAAAAUGAGAAGAGAGGCUGCUGAGCAAGAAGAAAAACAAAGGAGAGAAAUUGAAAAAGCCGAACGACAACGUGGGAUUGAGGAACAACAAGCAAGGGAGGAAGAGGAACAGAGAUGGGAAGAAGAGACAAGAAAACUGAGGGAAAAGGAGCGAAUUGCCGCCGAAGAGGAAAAGAAACGAUGGGCGGACGAACAACGACAGUGGGAAGAAGAGGACCGUCGCCGCCAGCUGGAAGAAAGAGAAGCGGAAGAGAAACUGGAAAAAGAACGACAACGAAAACGCGAGCUUGCAGAUUCGCGCUUAAACGGCCAAUUCCUGAGUCAAUACCAGGCUAGCCAGCGACUGGAGCGCGGUUCCUCUCCUGGAGAGUCUAUGCCAACCCCAGAAAGGGAACGCAUACAGGCUCUAGAGAGAGAACUCGAACUCGCCAAACAAAGGGAGAGACAGUACGAACGCGAGCGCCAGGAAUUUAGCCGUUCACGACAAGUAUCAAAUACAAGUCAAGUUUCCCAAACAAGCGCCACCCGUGGCCGUGCUCUUCCCCCCAAGCCCGCAAAGCCCAGCUUCGACCUUACGUCUCAAGAAGAAGAACGUAGACUACUUCGAUCGGAAUGGCAAGCGAAUCAAGAUAACCGGCUUGAACAAAUUGAACCAUCACCACCGCCACCGAGUCUACCGCCGCGCUCUCUGCCAGAGCCGCCAUUGUCCCCACGACCGCUGCCAGAUCCAUCAAAUUACCCCAAGACUCGGACAGACCGAUUCCUUGCCACAAAUCCAGCACCUCAGCCUACUCAGCCGACCUCCCACAGGCCCCCCGAAUUCUCCACUGAACGCGAGGUUGACGAAGAAAACCAUCGUCGUAUCGCCUCAACCCAAAAGACACGUGCUGGUGGCUGGGCGUCCAAGUCUCUUCUGGAGCGAGAAAUGGAACGUGAACGUGAACGCCAGCGUGAGUGGGAAGAAAACCAGAAACGCACCACAGAUGCCGUGAAGCAGGGUGUCAACUCGGCAGGCACCGGACCUGGCGAAGGAGGCUGGGAUGUCAAUCAGUAUGGAUAUAUCGGUGGAGACAAUCAAAAUAGGGGCGCGACGGGAAUUGGAUUUGGGGCAAGAAGGCAGAUUAUCGGGCCGCGACCCCCUCGCUGA